UCAAUGUGCAGUGGGGUAUGGGCAGCAUGUGCCUUGCUGAAGUCAACAAUCAUCUCUUUGUCUUGUCUGCAUUAAGAGUCAGAUUGCUGCAUUUGCACCAAUUCACAGUCUCGUCCCCAUUGCUGAUGAGACCCACCACCGCUGUGUCAGCUUGAAUACAAAUUCAGGUAUUCAGUAAAACCUUUAGUUGCUUACUAGUUCUAAUCUAGCAUAUUAACCGACAGCACAGUAAGUACCCUAAACCCCCCAACGCCCAUUGUCCUACGGGUCACACAGCUAAAGUAUGCUAACUAUAUUCUGAAUCUUCGUCGGCUUUCAUUCAACUCAGCUAAAAAAACAAACGUAAUCAGAUUUGGUGAUGACGUCAUCAAGAGCGACGGAAACGGGCGGUGCAACUCUGCUUGUCUCUUCGGCGCGUGGAUGGAAGCCUUGUGUUCGUCUCUUCAGUCUAUAAUGCCUGUUUGGAGGAUACCGAUUCUGACAGAUAAAAGACGCUGCCAUUCACAGUAACAGUUGUGUAAUAUGGAGGAUGUGUGCUUACCUGUGCAGGAGCCUCUAGAGAGGAGCAGUGAUGACAUAGAGAAGAAUCCCAUGCCAAAUAGGGGUCUCCUCUCCAAAUAUACCACAGUAAAAAGAAAUGUCGGCUUAAAGGAAGAGGACUGUGACUGGGAAUCCACUCAAGUUAAACAGGAGAGUCUUUCCAUUAAAGAGGAGGACAGUGAGUGGGUGCCUCUGAGGAUUAAGGAAGGCUCUGUUGAAGCAUUUGCCAUCACCGACAGGCAGAAAAAUGAAACUGUUAACAGUGUAAAGGAAGAAGGCUUCAUAUUGGAGUCAGACUCUCAGUGUUUUAACCCUAAAGAAGAGGUACUAGAACUGGGCUUCAGUCCCUGUAGUCCUUCCUCCUUGCAGCCCCACUCUGUCGAUGUGAAGAUGGAGUCUUCGUUACCUGAAAAGGCAGCAGGCUCCAGUCAUUGUGGAGAAGGUGAGCAAGGCAAUGGUAGCUUGUCAACAACAGAAAUGGAGAAUAUGAAGAAAUCAACAUCUAGAUCCAAGAGUUUGAAAGUUGCCACUUUCCAGAAUACUCCUCUGCCUGUUGUGGUCCAUACAAGGGUAACCAAUAAUAAACUACAGAUGCACAAUGCAAAUUCAGCAACCCUGUCUGUCUUACAAGAACAGAGGAAAACUUUUAAUUGCAGACCUAAACGCAAAGAUAAGUUGAGGAUUACAAAACAAAAGCGGUAUGAUUGUUCUGAAUGUGGAAAACAUUUUUCUAGGAAAUGGGACCUUCAGACCCACACAAGAAUUCACAAUGGGGAGAAGCCGUACCAGUGUUCGGAAUGUGGCAAACAAUUCUCUCGCAGUGACAGUCUUCUAACUCACACAAGAAUUCACACUGGAGUGAAGCCUUAUUGCUGUUCUGAGUGUGGUAAACGAUUCUCUGAGAACACACAAUUUCAGAGACACACUAGAAUUCACACUGGUGAGAAGCCAUACUCCUGUUCAGAAUGUGGCAAACGAUUCUCAAGUAGUAGCACUCUUCAGGUUCACAGAAGAUGUCACACUGGAGAGAAACCUUACAGUUGUUCAGAAUGUGGGAAGCAAUUCUCUAGUAGCAGCAGUUUGAAAACCCACACAAGAGUUCACACUGGAGAGAAGCCAUAUUGUUGUUUUGAAUGUGGCAAAGGAUUCACCACCUGUGGGAACCUCCAAAUCCACAAGAGAAUUCAUACUCGUGAGAAGCCUUAUUGUUGUAAUGAAUGUGGCGAACAAUUUUCUGAUAGGAGCACUUUUAGCAUACACACAAAAAUUCACAGCGGAGAAAAGUCUUUUUUGUGUGUUGCAUGUGGCAAACAAUUCUCUCGCAGUGACAGUCUUCUAACUCACACACGAAUUCACACUGGAGAAAAACCGUACUGCUGUUCUAAAUGUGGUAAGCGAUUCUCCACCAGCAGCAUUCUUCGUUGCCAUAUAAGAAAUCACACUGGAGAGAAGCCUCAUUCCUGUGCCAAAUGUGGCAAAGGUUUCUCUGACAAAAGAAGUCUUCAGAACCAUGCAAGGGUUCAUACUGGAGAAAAGCAGUACAAUUGUUCUGAAUGUGGAAAACAAUUUUCUAGGAAAUGGCAUCUUCAGACACACACAAGAACUCACACUGGGGAGAAGCCGUACCAGUGUUCUGAAUGUGGCAAACGAUUCUCUCGCAGUAACAGUCUUCUAACUCACACGCGAAUUCACACUGGAGAGAAGCCAUAUUGCUGUUCUGAGUGUGGUAAACAAUUCUCUGACAAGAGGCAAUUUCAGAGACACACUAGAAUUCACACUGGGGAGAAGCCAUACUCUUGUUCAGAAUGUGGGAAACGAUUCUCAAGUAGUAGCAGUCUUCAGGCUCACAAAAGACAUCACACUGGAGAGAAACCUUACAGUUGCUCAGAAUGUGGGAAGCACUUCUCUUGCAGCAGCAGUCUGAAAACACACACAAGAAUUCACACUGGAGAGAAGCCUUAUUUGUGUAAAGAUUGUGGUAAACAAUUCUCUGACAACAGACCAUUUCAGAGACACACAAGAAUUCACACUGGAGAGAAGCCAUAUAGCUGUUUAGAAUGUGGCAAACGAUUCUCUAAUAGUACAAAUCUUCAGACCCACAGAAGAAUUCACACAGGAGAGAAGCCAUAUUGCUGUUCAGAAUGUGGCAAACAAUUUUCACAAUUAAGCAAUUUUCAGGAUCACUCAAGAAUUCACACAGGAGCAAAGCCAUAUCGUUGUUCUGAAUGUGGCAAAGGAUUUGCCACCUGUGGGCAUCUCCAAAGCCACAAAAGAAUUCACGCUAAUGAGAAACCUUAUUCUUGUAAUGAAUGUGGCAAACGAUUUUCUGAUAGGAGCACUUUUAACAAACACAUAAAAAUUCACAGCGGAAAGAAGUCUUUUUUAUGUGUUGCAUGUGGCAAAGGAUUUUUUACCAGAAGCCAACUUCAGACACACACACGAAUUCACACUGGAGAGAAGCCAUACUGCUGUUCUAAAUGUAGUAAACGAUUCUCCACCAGCAGCAUUCUUCGUUGCCAUACACGAAGUCACAACGGAGAGAAGCCUCAUUCCUGUUCGGAGUGUGGCAAAGGAUUCUCUGACAAAAGAAGUCUUCAGAACCAUGCAAGAGUUCAUACUGGAAAGCAAGAAGACAAAUGACUAAUUACUGGACAUCUAUAUGGAAGAGUUUUCAGGUCCUUAUUUGAUUAAAGGUUAAUUUAUUUUACUGAAGUGCAGAAUGACAAGUAGCAAACUGAAUUAUGAAAAGAGCUCAGAGGUUAAUGAGAAAUGGAAUCACAAGAAGUACAUGUCAGUCAUGAUAUAGCACAGAAACACUGUAGUGUUGCCACAAUACUGGCUGAAUCAUGAUCUUAAAUAUUAAAGUAAGGAGAUGAAUAUUCUAAUGAGAAUCUUUUUCACAGUGCAAUCCAGGCUUAGUUCUUGUUUUUCAACCAGGACAAGUUGACCCCCAGUUAACCCUGAAGUGGUAAGUGGGCAAAAAGAUAGAAUGAUUGCUAGAGCUUUACUUCCACUGUCUUUAUUCCUGGCACUGCACCCACCAUGGUCAGGGAAACACUUCGCCCUCACGAAGUCCCCAUUCAUUGGUGGAUGAUCUAAACUUGUACAGCUCCUGCAUUAGACAACUAGCAGAACUUCAUGAAUUUGUUGUCUGAACUUUCCACCAAAAAAAUAACAAAACUGUGACUAUUUAAAAAAGGAGAGCAAAACCGACAUAAGGAUGAAUAAACUCAGCCUAUCAGCUAAACUGGGGCACAGUGUAAUUAAGUAAAAGCAUCUAAACUUUGUCAAAGUGUUCAGUUCUUGUAGUCUGAAAAAAAUUCUAAAAGGUAACUAACUAUAGCAUUCAAAACCUCAGAUGUAAAAGAUAUGUAAAACACUUUAGAAAUUCAUGAAGUAUAGCAGUAGUUACCUGGUGGACAUAAAUUUGUCAAAGAAAAUGAAAACCAAAGAAAAAAUACAAAGCUUGAAAAUUGAUGUUACAGCGGAUUGUUUCCUUAAUUUGAAGAUAUUUGUUAUGGUGCGAUCGGGUUUAAAUCUUCCUUCAAUUUUAUAUGAAUUUUUCUUGUGAAAUAUUUUAUUUUUCCAUAAAGUGUGUGUGUUCACUUCCUUAACUCAUUGUGCUGUUCUCAUUUUAAAUU